CCAGUAUCACUCUGGUUCGCAGCAGGUUCAGCAUUAUCUUAUCAUGUCCACAAACACACGAAUCAAAUUUGGUUCAACCUAAGCCUGAUAAGAACUCUUGGAAAUUAGCGCAGAAAGUUGCUGUUCACCUGAAACCCGUACCGAGUGCAAUCCAAGCUAAGAUCUCGAUCGUGACCUCAAUAUGCAGCUAAGAACGAUGCAAUCUACUCGCGAGUGAAUCUAUUAGUGGGUGCUGUUAAGUGAUAAGUGCUGCAGCCAAAAUGCAGUCGGACAGAAAGCCUCGGAGCUUAAUCGAUAGUUUUAGAAACCGUUCAGGACAUUCGCCGCAUCCUGGGCCGCUCUCGGAUGUUUUGCCACGAAAUGUGAUUCAACAAUUUAACGCCCUAAAGGAGAGUGUAUCCAAGCUGCAGGAUGAAAACGAGGCUUUGAAGCUGCAGCUGAAGAACCUGCAAACGCUAGUUGCAGACAUAAGUGCCAAACUGCAAGCCGUCGAGGAACGUCUCGACACCCCAAAACCGACCCUUUGGGAACGCUUGAAAGUCAGUUUACUGAACCGCCCGCCGAUAGAUGUAUUGAAAAAUCAGAAGAUCUAUAAGAACGAACCUUGUUUCAAUACGGAGCUGCAAAAUGUUCCCAUGGACCCUGCGACGGGCGUUCCCCAGAUAGUGGUGCUCUGUUGCUUCCUCAUUGAGAAACAUCUAAUGGAAUAUAACACGCAAGUGAAUGAUUCAGAGGAAGAUAUUAUGGAGGCGGCAAAGAUUAUCAGCGGAAUCUAUCGCGCACCUGGCGACUGUGUUGAGAUACAGAAAUUGAGGUUCAAAAUUAACGAUAAUCGAUACGAUUGUCUGGAGUAUGAGCGGAACGUCAACACGAUAGCGAGUUUGCUGAAGUUGUUCUUUUUCGAAUUAAAGACACCGCUGCUGAGGGAUAUCGAUUUCCUCAAGUCCUUGGAUGUCAAUCCCCAUAUAUUUGGCACGCUAACUAUGGAUGGCAAAGUAUCCGCCCUGAAGAAUUUUAUCGAACAAAUUCCAGAGGAGAAUUUCAGAACUCUGAAGCAUUUUAUACUACACUUGACCAGAUUGACAUUCACGUAUAGUGACCUCAUCACAUCAAAAGGUCUUUCGAUAUCGAUUGGGCCUUCGAUAAUUCGAAUAGAACGCCAUUUUGAGAACUUAGAUCAUCGAGCGGAACACUUUAGCAUUAUGAAUAACUACUUAGACUAUCUUAUUCAAUAUAGCGACUACAUUUUCCCCCAGAUGGCGAUUAUAUCCACAGAAGUGUGAAGGAAGACAAAUAAAUUUAAGUUUGAUA